CUGUAGGCCUAUGGCCUGCAGUAGCCACUCACUGUAGAACACAAGAUCCAGGGGGCGUGGUUGGAUCCACAUCCUGGGGGUGGAGAUUGGCAGGUUUAGGAAUCAGCGGCUUUCUACCAUCUUGAGCACAUAAAGCGAAAACGUUACUAACGUUAUUCCUCGAUAUGGGCGUUGUUUAAGCGUGUUUACUUUAAUAUCUACUUCGACUUUUUUAUCGUUUGAGAAGAACGGAACGAAUUCGUCAUUUUAUGUUUUUGGAUUUCAUCAAUCAAACAAUCGCCUCUACUAAAUCAUGAGGAGUUUGAUCGGAUUUUGUGAAUAUGGUUCAUAAAUCUUUUUUCUUCUGUCUGUGGAUUUGGUUCUCACGUGGUGUGCUUUGCGAUACAGAUGCAGUGAAAUCAGUAUCAGUGAUGAAGGGAAGUUCUGUCACUCUAAACACUGAUGAUAAAGUACAGAAAGAUGAUCAGAUAAUGUGGAUGUUUAAAGCUGACAAUCCAGACACUGUUAUAGCUGAAAUCAACAGACAGAACAUCUAUAUAGAUGCCACUAAUACAACAUUUGAGAAAAGACUCCAGAUGGACAGUCAAACUGGAUCUCUGACCAUCAGAAACAUCAGAACUGAACACUCUGGACUUUAUAAACUACAGAUCAUCAGAAACAGAAUAAUCUCGCACAAGAGUUUCACAGUUGCUGUUUAUGCUCCUGUUCCCAUUCCUGUCAUCAGCAGAAACACUUCAAACUGUUCUUCACCAUCUGAAAGAUCACGUCAGAAUUGUUCAUUGUUGUGUUCAGUGGUGAAUGUGGGUCAUGUGACUCUCUCCUGGUACAAAGGAAACAGUUUAUUGUCCAGCAUCAGUGCGUCUGAUCUCAGCAUCAGUCUCUCUCUACCUCUGGAGGUGGAAUAUCAGGAUAAAAACACCUACAGCUGUGUGCUCAACAAUCCCAUCAGCAACCAAACUCAACAUCUGGACAUCACUCAACUCUGUCACAGAUGUAAAGAUGUCCUUCAGAAGUCACAUCUUAUUCCACUGAUAUCAGCUGGCUUAUUAAUACUGGUCUUGGCUGUAGUUGUAGGGUUGGUAUACUUUCACCGCUGGAACUGCAAACAAGCAAUACCAGAAGUUCAGACUUGUGAGGAAGAGGUACUUUAUGCCGAGACAACAUUUUGUGCACGCAGUAUUCACAGUACGAAACCAGAUGAAGAGCACCACAUCAUAUACUCGAGUGUUAAUGCAAAAUGACAUGAUCAGUGGUAUUAGCAUUUAUUUUUAUUUUUUUUGCAAAUAAUAUGAAACAGGCAUGUAAAAGUCAUUUUGAAAGUGACAUGACAUGUGGCCAAGU